AUGUCUAAAAGUACGCUGAAGGCUUUGCUAAAACGUGAACGGCAGUUAUAUGUCAUUUUUGAUGGUACGGAUAGAUUCAUCCAAACCUAUCAGAUUGAUAGUGAUCGGUGUCAAUUAAGUUCGAGAUUGCAUGUGAUUGAUACUGUGUACAGUGAGUUUUUUGAAAUACGGAGCAAAAUUGAACUUUUGCUGGAUGAAGCGGAUGAGAAAGAACAGAAAGAUGCUGACAGCGAAGUCAAAGGAGAAAUUGCCAAGCAACGCGAAGAGGAAAACGACAAGGUUCUACAGCAAUUCGAUGACCGAUACUUCGCCAUCCGAGGUGACCUCCUUAGACUCCAAGGUGAUAAGGAUGCCUUAGGUGUGAACACAACCAGCAACAGUCCGAGUCAGUCUGCGUCAGGGAAUACUUCAAGAGUAAAGCUGCCAGAGAUACGUUUGCCGUCCUUCAGUGGAAAAAUAAGAGAGUGGAUUACAUUCCGGGAUUCCUUCCGAAGCCUUAUCCAUGACAACGAGCAUCUGACGUCUAUGGAUAAGUUUACGUACCUUCGUUCCUCUCUACAGGGUGAUGCACUGAAGGAAAUCAACAACAUCGAGCUUUCAGAGGCAAACUACGACGUCGCCUGGAAAACUUUGCAAGUUCGUUAUGAAAAUAAGAAGCUGAUUGUGAAGGCUCAUCUCGACGCUCUUUUCGCCCUCGAACCGCUUAAAAAGGAGAAUUAUGACGGUCUGAACUUCCUCAUCAGCGAGUUUGAGAAAAACUUGAUGAUGUUACAGAAAAUCGGAGAGCCAACGGAGUCUUGGAGCACAAUAUUAGUCUACAUGUUGUGUUCUAGACUAGAUUCUGCAACAUUGCGCCAAUGGGAGACGCAUUACGGGUCUAAGGAGGUCCCAACGUACGAAGAGCUGCUUCUGUUCUUGCAAGGUCACUGCUCUGUUCUCCAAUCAAUCACCUCUGCAAGAAAUCCACCAUCCGAAGCCCGUCAGACGAGAUCAACAGUUUGUAAUACAACCAUCAGAUCAGUUUCACGUUGUCCGUUCUGUGCAGAUCCAUGGCACUCACCGUUCCAGUGUGGCAAAUUUCAACGGAUGAAGGUUCCCGAGCGAAUGGAUGCUGCUAUUCGCAACAAGUUGUGUCGGAAUUGUUUGAUGCCAGGCCACUUCUACCGAAAUUGUGAACGAGGUUCUUGCCAUCAUUGUCAGCAGAAGCACCACAGUAUGUUACAUUCUAGAUCCUCCGUUCCACAGCCGCAGUUUUCGGCACAAUACCGACAGCAGAGUCAAACGCGUUCGGCGCAACAGAUACCGUUUCAAUCGCAACCGCAACCAAUGAAUCAACAGCAACAACACAACUCAAGACCAAUACAGCAUGCGCACACCACUACACAGCAUGCACAAACCCACUCACACAACACAAACACAAAUCCAGACAACGCACAAGCCACCACAAGUCAGAAUUACGUAGCACUUCCGUUUAUACCGUCUCGUAAUAUUUUACUGUCCACGGCGAUGAUCCGAGUCAAGGAUCGUUUUGGAAAUACACUUCUGGCACGUGCGCUGCUAGAUUCGUGUUCUCAGCAUUGUUUGAUGACACGUGAAUUCUCUCGACGGCUUAAGUUCCAUGAAACCCCAACGUUUUUGUCGGUGCAAGGCAUCGGCUCGUCUCAAAUGGUUUCAACGAAGUUAGUUUCCGCAGAAGUUGGUUCCAGAUCCUCCAGAAUUUCACAGUUUAAAGAAUGGAUGCAAUUUUUUGUACUGCCAAGGUUGACAGUUGAUCUGCCUACUGCUGCUUUUGAUCCUUCGAUCCUUACGCUGCCGGGUUCGGCCUGUUUAGCAGAUCCUGGGUUUUAUGAGUCUGGUCCAAUUGAUGUUAUUAUUGGAGCCGAAUUUUAUAUGGAUUUAUUGUCAGAUGGAAGAAUGAAGCCGUUAGAGAACGGACCCACAUUACAGAAUACAGUUUUUGGUUGGAUUGUGUCUGGUAGAUUGCCUAAUAAUCAAAAUACAGUUUCUCAGUCAGAAGUUUAUGUCUGUUCAGUCGGUGAUAUUCAAGAUCAGCUCACACGUUUUUGGGAGCUCGAAACAUGUCAUGUUCGCAGCGUUCAGUCGAUUGAAGAGUCAGCUUGUGAAGAGAUUUUUAAGAAUACUACUGUCAGAGAUGAGUCAGGAAGAUUUGUUGUAACGUUACCCAAAAAAGAAGGCUUUUUGAAUCGAAUUGGAGAUUCCAGAGUUAUCGCCACGAAACGGUUUUUGAGUUUGGAGAAACGAUUAUCAAUGGAUUCUGAAUUGAAAAGGUUGUAUUCUGAAUUUAUUCACGAGUAUCAGAGUCUUGGUCAUAUGUCAGAAGUUAUCGACAGCUCAAGUCAGUUGAAUGAAGUUUGCUACUAUUUGCCGCAUCACGCAGUUCUUAAGCCCGAAAGUACCACGACAAAGUUACGGGUGGUUUUCGACGCUUCCUGUAAGUCGUCGACAGGAGUCUCUUUGAAUGAUGCGCUUAUGGUUGGCCCGGUUGUACAAGAUGAGCUGAUCGAUAUUGUUUUGCGAUUCAGAUUGUGUAAGUUUGCGAUUGUGGCAGAUAUUGCCAAAAUGUACCGUAUGAUCCAAGUUCAGAAAUCAGACCAAAAAUUGCAGAAAAUUCUUUGGCGGGACUCCACCGAUCAACCUCUUCGCACCUACGAGUUGUUAACAGUAACUUACGGAACAGCGUCUGCGCCUUACUUGGCAACAAAGUGUUUGCAAGUCCUAGCCGAUCAGGGUUCUAAAACUCAUCCCUUAGCGUCGAAGAUUUUGAGUCGUUGUUUCUACGUCGAUGAUAUGCUUGCUGGAGUUGACAGUAUCGAAGAAGGUGUACAGUUAGUCAAAGAAAUGUCAGAAUUAAUGGACUCAGCAGAGAAGGCCUAUGGGGCCUGUAUUUAUGUCAGAACUGUGUCAGAAUCGGGAGAAACUGUUGUUCAAUUGAUGACCUCAAAAUCACGAGUUGCCCCUCUAGAGAAUCUCCAGAAAAAGAAGAAACGUCAGUCAAUUCCAAGGUUAGAGCUAUCGUCUGCAUUACUGCUUGCUCACCUGUUUGAGAAGCUCGUGAAAGGCACGGAGCUGUCUUCUUUCAAAUCGUUUUUCUGGACAGAUUCGAUGAUAGUCAAAUGUUGGCUUGCAUCUUCACCGUCAAGAUGGACUAAUUUUGUGGCAAAUCGGGUGUCCGAAAUCCAGCAUAUUACACGGUCGGGCGUGUGGAGUCAUGUCGCAGGCACAGAAAACCCAGCGGAUAUCAUAUCGCGAGGAAUGACCCCCGCUCAGUUACAGUAUCAGUCUCUUUGGUUUCAUGGUCCCAGUUGGUUACGAUUGGAGGAAUCGCAUUGGCCUCAACCUCCACAAGUUUGCCCAGAAAUACCCAGUUCCAUGCUCGAAGAGAGAGGAGCUGUCACUGCUGUCACUGAUUCUUUGACAACCAAUGAGAUAUUUGAAUUAAGAGCCUCACUUGUAGAUUCCAUUCGGUUGACCGCGUACUUUUUGCGAUUUCGUUUCAAUUCGCAAAAGUGUAACAACAGUAACAGAAAAGUCGGAUAUUUGUCAGCAUCAGAGUUAGAAGAAGCCCUUCAGUGCUUAGUCAGAUUGUCCCAAAAAGAAAGUUUUCCGAAGGAAUAUGCAGAUUUGUCGAAUAACCGUCAGAUUUCAGUCAGUUCAAAGUUGCUGUCUCUCAAUCCACGCAUGAUGAAUGGAAUAAUUUGUGUCGGUGGUCGAUUAGAGAAUGCAGCAAUCUCUGAAACUAGAAAACAUCCGUUUAUCUUAGACUACAAACAUCCGCUUACCAGAUCAGUCAUGUCUUAUUACCAUCAGAAGUUGUUUCACGCUGGACAGCAGCUUUUAAUCGCAACAGUUCGUCAGAAGUUUUGGCCAAUUCAUGCAGGCAGUUUGGCUCGGUCAGUAAUCCAUAAUUGCGUACGUUGUUUUCGUGCUAGACCCAAAAUUCAAGAACAGCUUAUGGCUGAUUUACCACCGGAAAGAGUGACACAAAACCCAGUAUUUCAACGUGUGGGAGUAGAUUACUGCGGCCCAUUCCUUGUCACUUACCCCCAACGUCGAUGUCGCCCGGUGAAGUUCCUGCAGGCUGCAAACAUAACAUCGUUGACAAUCCUCUCUAGGACCUUCGAGCAGGCAGCUAGUGAUGUGACACCACGAUAA